AUGUUCCAACAUAUCCUAAAACCGCAGCUAACUAGCUUAUUCAAAUCUCAAGCAAAUACAUUUAACAAAUUUCCAAUCAACUUUGCAUUUACUGGGGUCUCGAAUAUUUCCGCUAUAAGUUCCAGUUUAACACCAAUGCAAUCUAUCUCGGGACUUAUGCAGAAGAGAUUUAAAUCCAGGGGUAAUACGUAUCAACCAUCCACAUUGAAAAGGAAAAGAAAGUUUGGUUUCCUAGCCCGAUUAAGGACCAAAGGUGGACAGAAAGUUCUUAGUAGAAGAAAGGCUAAGGGAAGGUGGUACUUGACCCACUAG